UAAAAAAACAUGCAAGUUACGUCAAAUCAAUUUCCAAUUCAUUUAUAAAAUAGUUAAAUAAUCAUAAAGAAAAUUUAGCAAAAAGUAGUUGUAGUGACAGUGCUCAGUUGGAGCUGUUGUAGAUAAAAUUUAAUUAAUCCUGUGUGUUAGUUGUAAGGUGCUUCUAAGGUUGAUGGAUCGCAUGCAUGAGCCAUGACAAUAAUCUUAGCUGAAUAAUAACUUAAUCGCUACAUGUUAAGCCGGUGCAAACUUUAUAAGGACAAAUACUUGUUGAAUGCGGCAAUAGCUUCGUUCAAAUUAGAGCCAGUCUUAAAAUAGUUGUAUACAAAUGAAGUGCUAGAAACCCAACACGACGUGCUCGGUUUCRUCGCACUACCACAUGUGCAGUUCCGAGUACGAAAUGAUUUUCUAAUGUAUACUAUAUAUUCACCACAGCGCAGCCGUAACCAUCGUCAAAACAUAACUCAGCGAGCCAAGUGAACGAGUUUCCACUGUCGCUGCAGUCGUUUCUUAAGCUCUCUUCAAGUCUGCUUAAAUACUUGGUUGCUGCCACAUUGUAAUAACCUGCGUAAGCCACUGUCGUUGACAGCGACAACAGACACUUUGUUGGAGCUGCUGGAGUUAGACCGUUGUGCGUGUCCAGUCAAUUAAAUACCUGUGAAAAGUAAUUCAAUAGUGAAUUUCCAAGUUAAAUUAAAAAAAAAAAAAAUUAUCAAAAAAUAUUGAGCUUGGCUUAUAAUCAAUGAAAACAAAAGCGAGUGACAUGYUUCCUCCUAAAAAUAUUUAAAUAUAUACUCGUAUAUAUAAUACUGAAGUAGAUAGAAUAUACAGGACCUAUCGGGCGUUUCAUCAUCAUACCCAAAGUUUAUAUAUUAAAACAAAAAAGUGUAAAUCAAUGAAGCAAAAAAUUUUUUUUUWAUAAACCUCUUGAACAUAGACAAAGUUUAUGAUCAACAAUAACACAAAAGUAUUUAAAAACGCAUACGAAAGUUUUUUCAAAAGUGCUAAUUUAGAGUUAAAAAUCGUUGCUAAUUUACAAAAAAAAAAAAUCACAAAAAUGGCAUGUUUAAGCACUUCCGGUCGUAAGGGACUUAACGUGGUCGUCGGUACACGGAACCAUCAAACGCAAAAAAAUCUCUGCAAAUUGUUUUGGCAACAAAAAAUUAGCAGAUCCUUUUGCUCAAACGCAGCCAUUGCCGCUGCGUUACUGUGCAAAAAUAAUGCGAACAGCAUGUCCUCGCUUUUGCCACAACGUAACUUCCACGGAGUGGGCAUAUUAUUGCAACGUAACGCGGCCAUAACAACAGGACAGGAUUAUUUUGCCAAUGUGCACACAAAUACAGCUUGCAAUAGCAGCAGCAGCAGCAGUUCCACCAGCACAACAACCACAGGCAGCCCAAAUAUAAAUAAUAAAAGCUCAAAUUCCACAAUAAUMACAAGAAAUUGCCGCCAAUACAGCUCGGUGCACACACAGCAGCCGGCUGGUCCGGUGCGAGAGAUCCAAAUCGAUCCGUACAUCAUACUCGAAGACGAUCUGAAGUAUUUCUACGAUGAUGUCAGAGACCUCCUGCGGCAGGGCACGAGUCAGACGGAACUCGAUAAGAUCGCCUCGUACUACUUCGACGGCCAGGGUAAAGCGCUGCGGCCAAUGGUUACCAUGCUGAUGGCCAGAGCGAUCAACUACCAUUUAAAUAAGGAAUCAAGCAAUUUAGUGAACAAACAACGCUUCAUCUCGCUCUUCUCGGAAAUGGUCCACUCUGCAAGUUUGGUGCAUGACGAUGUCAUCGAUCAAUCGGAUAUUCGUCGCGGCAAGCCAAGCGUGAACGCGCUGUGGAAUCACAAAAAGGUUACAAUGGCUGGUGAUUAUGUACUUUCCAUAGCUUCGAUUAUGAUUGCUCGUCUCAAGAGCGAUGAUGUGACGAUUAUUCUAAGUCAGACGGCUGUAAUCGCUGAUGCCGAUGAAAACAUCGCCGAAUUGGCAUUCCAAUAUGGACGUAAUGUAGGUUUAGCGUUUCAACUGGUCGACGAUAUGCUGGACUUUGUCUCAACCGCCGAAACAAUGGGUAAACCAACGGCUGCCGAUUURAAAUUGGGCCUCGCCACUGCGCCGGUGCUCUUCGCAUGCGAAAAGUAUCCCGAACUCAAUCCGAUGAUAAUGCGCCGUUUCAGCGAACCCGGCGAUGUUGAACGUGCCUUCGAACUAGUCCACAAAUCGCAYGGACUCGAACAGACGCGCUUYUUGGCCAAGAAGCACUGCAUCGAAGCGAUACGAUUGGCGCAGGAGCUGACCGAGUCGCCAUACCAGAAGGGUCUGCAAGUGGUCGCGGAUUUAGUCAUUAAUCGUAUGAAAUAAUAGCUUAAGUUACGGGUGCAGGGGGCAACUGGUGCAACACAUAAUAGUGCAACAUAACACAAAAACAAAAACAAAAAAAUACAGAAAUCAAAAAAAGAACAUUUGCAAAUGUUAA